ACAGUUGUGAGAUCAGUAGAUCUUGUUAGCUACAGGGUAGGCAUGGAAUCGGGCAUCUGGGAACUCGGACCCUCGGCCGACCAAUUUAGACAGUUUUCGUCCACACACUUAAAUAUCAAAUCAGUGGCAUCGUCUUUAUCACAUCUCAAAUCACCCAAACUGAGCGAGAAUAUCUAGAAGCGGGAGUCUCAUUACCUUUUCGUUGCGGGAGGCCUCGCUCAAGCCACCAGUCGAAUCGGCUUACGACCAACGUCACCAGGAUCCACGGACCACGCGUCAGGUCAGAGGACGCAUGUCAGGCCUGGCUAAGACAACAGCAUUUGACACGGAGGACAAUUGAUUCGCCGCCGCAUAACCACGUCCUCUUGUAUGCCUCAGUCAUGCGCUUCAGCACGUUUCUCACCCUGGCGGUGAGUGCGACAGCAGCUGCCGCCACGCCUUUCCUCAAAGCUACCGAGUUCCUCAACCCGAAGCCCCCGAAUUUGAUGGCAGACAAUGUCCCUGAGCCGAAGUACUUUCGCGAAGCGAGCUUGAACGGCCACUGUGACUACCGUUUCUACAAAGCGGACAUUGACGAGGCAGAGCAUCAAGAAGGACUGAGAUUACUAGUCCAAACGUAUCUCCAUGUUUGCAAUGAGCUCAAGAUCCAGACAUGGCUCAUGCACGGGUCAUUGUUAGGGUGGUGGUGGGGAAAGAAGAUCAUGCCUUGGGACUUGGACGUUGAUGUCCAAGUCACAGAAUCAGAUAUGUACUACCUCGCGGCGUAUUACAACCGUACGGAGUUCUACUAUGUCCAGCGUGGAACAGGCCAAGGACGAACAUAUCUCCUCGAUGUCAACCCCCAUCACGUAUAUAGGGGACGUGAUGAUAAGCUCAACGUUAUUGACGCGCGCUGGAUCGACACCACCAAUGGACUGUACAUUGACAUCACUGCCGCUCGAUAUGACCUGGACCACGAGCAAGGCGAGGGCAUGCUGUACGAUAAGCAUAACCAUGAGUAUCGAGAUACCUACAUUUUUCCGCUACUGGAAACCACAUUUGAAGGUGUCACAGCAAAGAUUCCCUACAAAUACAAAGACAUGCUGAUAUCCGAGUAUACCGUAGAGGGCUUGACGGACAAGGAGUACCACGGUCAUGUCUUUGAUGAAGAGGAAAUGAAAUGGGUUAAGGCGGGUAUGUGAGCCUGUCGCAGAGUACCAUGUAUUUUUGUAAAACGGUUUGUACUACGUUCAGCACUUGGGUUAGCGAGGAGUUUUGGGGCUAUGUGAGAUUAUAUCGUCGUAUGUAGGGCUGAUAUAGAAAACCAAUCAAAGGGCAAGGCCAGCAGAAAUUAUUUAUCGCCACACGCUACCUAGAUACCCACGGAGCAUUUGACAUGGGCGAAAUAUUUGGCCAUUCUUGGAGGCCAUUCUGUUGAUGCGAGGCGGCCACAUGGGUGAUGCCCCGCGGACCUCUAAACGCGUCACAAGGCGCGUUUGCUGAUGGCUUUGCUCACAUUGAC